CAGGUAUAAAUGAUGUUCCGUUAGUGGUACUGGAUGCCAGUGCGUUUAGUCACUCAUGAUGUACAAAUUUCUCAUAUUAACACUUUUUGCCAGCUAUGCUGUUUCAAAACCUUUUCUUGAAGAUAUAAGGAUCGUUGGAGGUGAAGAUGUAGACAUAACAGCAGCUCCGUACCAGGUGUCAAUAUUGAAUAGAGGAAGGCACUCCUGCGGUGGUUCGAUCAUUGACAUAGAUCUUAUAUUAACAGCAGCGCAUUGUUUAGUUGGUACGUCACCGAGUUAUCUACAAAUUCGCGCUGGAUCAUCAUCUAGUACUAGUGGUGGAAAAAUUUAUCAAGUUGGUGAUCUAGUAUGGAAUCCAGGCUUUUCUUAUAGUAAAAUGGAUAGUGAUGUUGCUUUAAUCUGGCUGUCUGAACCUUUGGAAUACGGACCAAGUAUUGCUCCUAUAGAUAUGUUUAAUGAUGGAGAGGAAAUUAAAGAUGGUGAACUUACAGUUGUUACUGGAUGGGGUAAUACUAGGGAAGAAGGUGGUACACCCAGAACAUUACAAAUGGCACUAAUCCCUAAAGUUAACGAAGCAGUUUGUGGUAAAGCCUACGCUCCACUGUACAGCAUUACACCUAGAAUGAUUUGCGCUGGUACACCAAAAGGUGGAAAGGACUCUUGCCAGGGUGACAGCGGCGGUCCACUGGUACAUAACGGAAAACUGGCUGGAGUUGUAUCUUGGGGCUUAGGCUGCGCGAGACCUAAGUACCCUGGAGUCUACGCUAAAGUGUCAGCACUAAGGAGUUGGAUCGACGAACAAAUACUUGAUCUUAAGCUGAAACACGUCUUCAGAAUGUAAAAUGGUUUUUAAUGUAACCAUUAACUUGAGACAUAUAAAAAAAUGGACCGUAUAUGAUAAUGGAAACUGUGUAUUUUUUUAAGUUUUAAUAAAUAAACAUUUGUCUAUUAGCGUUUUUCGAUGAUAAUAAAGUUAAAAAAUAUGGGUUUUUUCCCUUUUUUU